GCCUACGCUCAGCCCAGCAGAUAGCGUCCCCCGUCUCUGAGCAGGUGUGUGUGGAGGCCAGAAUGAAGCUGAAAAAGCAAGUGACAGUGUGCGGGGCUGCGAUCUUCUGCGUGGCAGUCUUCUCGCUCUACCUCAUGCUGGACCGCGUGCAGCAUGAUCCCGCCCGACACCAGAACGGUGGCAACUUCCCCCGGAGCCAAAUUUCUGUGCUGCAGAACCGCAUCGAGCAGCUGGAGCAGCUGUUGGAGGAGAACCACGAGAUCAUCAGCCAUAUCAAGGACUCGGUGCUGGAGCUGACAGCCAACGCGGAGGGCCCGCCGCCCCUACUGCCCUACUACACGGCCAACGGUUCCUGGGUGUUGCCGCCGGAGCCCCAGCCCAGCUUCUUCUCCAUCUCCCCCCAGGAUUGCCAGUUUGCUUUGGGGGGCCGAGGCCAGAAGCCAGACCUCCAGAUGCUGGCUAUAUCAGAGACGUUGCCAUUUGACAACAUGGACGGUGGGGUGUGGAAGCAAGGCUUUGACAUCACCUACAGCCCAAAUGACUGGGAUGCUGAGGACCUGCAGGUGUUUGUGGUGCCCCACUCUCACAAUGACCCAGGCUGGAUCAAGACCUUUGACAAGUACUACACAGAGCAGACCCAGUAUAUCCUCAACAGCAUGGUCUCCAAGCUGCAGGAGGACCCCCGGCGGCGCUUCCUCUGGGCAGAGGUCUCCUUCUUUGCCAAGUGGUGGGACAACAUCAAUGGCCAAAAGAGAGCAGCGGUCCGAAGGCUAGUGGGAAAUGGACAGCUGGAGAUUGCAACAGGAGGCUGGGUGAUGCCCGACGAAGCCAACUCCCACUACUUCGCACUGAUUGACCAGCUCAUCGAGGGGCAUCAGUGGCUAGAGAAGAAUCUGGGUGCAACCCCACGGUCUGGCUGGGCAGUGGACCCCUUUGGGUACAGCUCUACCAUGCCUUACCUGCUUCGCCGUGCCAACCUGACCAGCAUGCUGAUCCAGAGGGUGCACUAUGCCAUCAAGAAGCACUUCGCUGCCACUCACAGCCUGGAGUUCAUGUGGAGGCAGACCUGGGACUCAGACUCCAGCACCGACAUCUUCUGCCACAUGAUGCCCUUCUACAGCUAUGACGUCCCACAUACCUGUGGCCCAGAUCCCAAGAUCUGCUGCCAAUUUGAUUUCAAACGCUUGCCUGGCGGGCGCAUCAACUGCCCUUGGAAGGUGCCUCCCCGCGCCAUCACGGAGGCCAACGUGGCUGAGAGGGCAGCCCUGCUCCUGGACCAGUACCGGAAGAAAUCCCGCCUGUUCCGAAGCAACAUCCUCCUGGUGCCACUUGGUGACGACUUCCGGUACGACAAGCCCCAGGAAUGGGACGCCCAGUUCUUCAACUACCAACGCCUCUUUGACUUUCUCAACAGCAAACCCGACCUCCACGUGCAGGCCCAGUUUGGCACCCUCUCGGAUUAUUUCGACGCCCUGUACAAGAAGACAGGAGUGGAGCCGGGUGCUCGGCCUCCGGGGUUUCCUGUGUUGAGUGGAGAUUUCUUCUCCUAUGCUGACCGGGAGGACCAUUACUGGACAGGCUACUUCACUUCUCGGCCUUUCUACAAGAGCUUGGACCGGGUCCUGGAAGCCCACCUGCGGGGGGCAGAGAUCCUCUACAGCCUGGCUGUGGCCCAUGCCCGCCGGUCUGGAGUGGCCAGCCAGUACCCGCUCUCCAACUUUGCCCUUCUGACGGAGGCCCGGCGCACACUGGGGCUCUUCCAGCACCACGAUGCCAUCACCGGCACCGCCAAGGAGGCCGUGGUGGUGGACUACGGGGUCAGGCUCCUGCGGUCGCUGGUCAGCCUGAAGCAGGUCAUCAUCAACGCUGCUCACUACCUGGUGCUGGGGGACAAGGAGACCUACCACUUCGACCCUGCAGCGCCUUUCCUGCAGAUGGAUGAUUCCCGCCUCAAUCACGAUGCCCUGCCCGAGCGCACCAUCAUCCAACUGGACUCCUCACCCAGGUACGUGGUGCUGUUCAACCCCCUGGAUCAGGAGCGGCUCAGUGUGGUGUCCCUGCUGGUCAACUCACCCCGGGUGCGUGUCUUCUCCGAGGAUGGCCAACCUCUAGGCGUGCAGAUCAGCGCGCACUGGAGCUCAGCCACGGACAUGGUGCAUGACGUUUACCAGGUGUCUGUGCCCGUGCGCCUGCCAGCCCUCGGCCUGGGCGUGCUGCAGUUGCAGCAGGGCCUGGAUGGACACCGCACACUCCCCUCCUCUGUGCGUGUCUACCUGCACGGCCGCCAGCUGUCUGUCAGCAGACACGAGGCCUUCCCCGUCCGCGUCAUUGACUCUGGCACUGGGGACUUUGCCCUCAGCAACCGCUACAUGCAGGUCUGGUUCUCAGGCCUUACCGGGUUCCUCAAGAGCAUCCGGAGGGCGGACGAGGAGCAGGAGCAGCAAGUGAACAUGGAAUUCCUCAUCUACGGCACCCGCACAUCCAAAGACAAGAGUGGAGCCUACCUCUUCCUGCCUGACGGCGAGGCCAAGCCGUACGUCCCCAGGGACCCGCCUGUACUCCGUGUCACUGAAGGCCCGUUCUUCUCAGAGGUGGCCGCCUACUACGAGCACAUUCACCAAGUGGUCCGGCUUUACAACCUGCCAGGGGUGGAGGGGCUGUCUGUAGACAUGUCGUCCCUGGUGGAUAUCCGGGACUACGUCAACAAGGAGCUGGCCCUGCGCCUGCGCACGGACAUCAAGAGCCAGGGCACCUUCUUCACGGACCUCAAUGGCUUCCAGGUGCAGCCCCGGCGAUAUCUGAAGAAACUGCCUCUUCAGGCCAACUUCUACCCCAUGCCCGUCAUGGCCUACAUCCAGGACGCACGGAACCGCCUCACUCUGCACACUGCCCAGGCCCUGGGUGUCUCCAGUCUCGGCGAUGGCCAGCUGGAGGUGAUCUUGGACCGGCGGCUCAUGCAGGAUGACAACCGGGGCCUAGGCCAGGGCCUCAAGGACAACAAGAGAACCUGCAACCGUUUCCGCCUUCUGCUAGAGCGAAGAACGGCAGGCAGUGAGGUCCAUGAUGUCCCCUCCACCAGCUACCCAUCCCUCCUCAGUCACCUGACCUCCAUGUACCUGAACACCCCAGCACUCGCCCUGCCUGUGGCCACGAGGCAGUUCCCAGGCCCUGGUCUGCGCUCUUUCCAUCCUCUGGCCUCCUCACUGCCCUGUGACUUCCACCUGCUCAACCUGCGGGCGAUCCAAGCGGAGGAUGAUGCCUUGCCCUCAGCAGAGACUGCCCUUCUCUUACACCGCAAGGGUUUUGACUGUGGUCUUGAGGCCAAGAACUUGGGUUUCAACUGCACCACAAGCCAAGGCAAGGUGGCGCUGGGGAGCCUCUUCCAGGGCCUGGACGUUACUUUCCUGCAGCCAACCUCCCUGACACUCCUGUACCCACUGGCCUCGCCCUCCAACAGCACCGACAUCUACUUGGAGCCCAUGGAGAUUGCCACCUUCCGCCUCCGCUUGGGCUAGGGCUUCUAGUGGCUUGAAGAGAAGUUCACCCACAGAGAUGCCGCUGAAUGUGAGAUCAGGUCGGACAGGCCACACUGGGUACCUUGUCGCAACCUGCCUCAGAACUGACAGACUGGGCUCUGCCCCACAUUUCCUGUUUAUUGUUGCUUCUGUAUUUGGGGGCAACCUGCAAGCCCAGUGCUGGGUAUAGGUAGGGCAGGCGCCAG